CUUACACCAUUUCCGUGCAUCGCUUCGCUGCUAUGGACGAUGCAAUUGGCUCGUCCUCCAAGACUACUUUGGACAUGUUGGCAGAGAUAGGCGUGGGAACAGCUCAGCAGCUCGUCACGUCCGUCCGAUACGCAAAUGCUCCCCCUGGCCUGACUUUCAUCCCUCCAUUGGAUGAUAUCCUGCUUUGUGCUCGACCUCAUCCAGGAGGCUCGAGUUUGCAGCGUGGAGACCUUAUCGAGCUGAUUGGACCCAGCGGCGCAGGCAAGACGACAUUGCUCAGCUUCGUGCUGACAACGACUCUCCUUCCCUCCCAUAUUGAUAUCCCACUACCCGCUCCAGGCUCUCAUGUGGUCAGAGUUCCCCUGGGAGGAGCAGGAUCCCAUGCGUUUCUACUUCAGCCCACAUCCCAUGCACCCAUGACGAAAGCUAUCCGAGUCAAGAUGUUCAGUCACAUUCAAGAUUGUAUCCUCGAUACGCUCUCGAUCAAUCUAAGGCCUCGUGUCCUAACUCCCGCGUUGAAGACUAUCAUCCAGGGGGCAAUUCACGACGCCCUUUCCCGACUCCAUAUUAUCAGAUUCACACCGAGGUGGAAACAGCUGUAUCUAGCUCUCUCACGCGUGCUACAUCCCCCAGAGCUCAAAAUCGGAACCUCUUCUCAGAUGGACAAGGUACGAAAGCAGACAGUCUCUACUCUCGUCAUUGAUGGUUUUGGGGAUCCUUUUUGGCCAGAGAGAUGGGCAGAAGAAGAUAAACGCCUCAAGAGGAGCACUAUGCCUGUGGCUAAUGGUGAUGGUGUGGGCCUGAAAGAAAUCAUGCGGAUAAUCCAGACCCUGCGGGUGCAUAUGGGCACCGUGGUAUAUCUGAGUGUUCAGAGUCUCUGGGGCAAGCCGACUUCACCAUUCUUCGUACCUCACCUUCCUGCGCCAUAUCCUCAUACGUUCUCUGUCCCCAGAGAAUCUGUCGAUGAACGGCAUCACGACACAUCAAUCAAUAUUCAGCUCACACUUCUCGGGCGGGUCCGCCCCCUUCAACUACCUGCAGACUUGACCCUGGUGAACGCUCUGAGGGAGGCCACUGCAAAGGAUUGGACAAUGGCACAGCAUUUCGAGGGCAUCGCACGAGUACAUGGUGGUGAGGGCGCAGCGGGAAGCUUGGCUGGGCAGAAAUUUUCCUUCAAGAUCGGAAGCCUUGGAGUAGAAGUCUGGAGCGGGCCCCAGGAUGGCUAGGACACCCGGAUACAUGACAUCAUGGAUCUCAUUUAUUCUCCGACAAUGCCUUUUCAACAGCCGCGAUGGCUUUUGGGUGUGUCGCCUUGCCUGCCGCUACGAUCCCCUCGUUGACAGAUAAUGUCCUGCCCUUGGAAAAAUUCAACGGGUUGCCUCGCAUAUCUGUGCAGAUACCACCUGAUUCCGCGAUAAGAAGCGAUCCCGAAGCGUGGUCCCAGAUCUUCUCUUGGUAGUCUUUCCCGCCGACGUA